AUGGCUACACAAAUCCCUCUUAGUUGGCGAGCUGGCGGGUCGGCGGAAGCAGAUGUGUGGCUUGUGUGGUGUUUCGAGCAUUGCUUGAAGCCCGAGCGCAGCGACGUACGAGAAGACUUGAAGCAUCUGGCGACAACGGCUGGUUGCAAGUUCGUUUGCCACAAGAAGUCGAUGAACUUUUUCGGCUGGCUCGAUGGCAGGAAGGGUACCAAACUGAUCAUCGCAGACUGGCGAGAAGCGAAGCCCAUCAUUGAAGAGCUCAGCAGGCACAAGCACCGUUCCGACGUCCGCAUGUGCGUGGUCGCACGGUCGGAGAAGAUGUUUCGCCGCGCAUCUGUCUUCGUGGAGAAGCAGACGAUGGGAGCCGAGAUCAUGGUGACGUCGGACUUCUCGCGUGACAGCGUGGAGGAGUUCGUCCUUACUUGCGUGCGGACAUGCAAGACAUCACCAUGCAAGGAGGUGCGGCCCAAGCCCACCGAGAUGCUUCGCUGGUUGUCUUUGCCUCAUCUUCUUGAAGCAGUCCAGGACCCCAAGACAGCUGCCUCGCUGGAAGAUCUCCUCCAGCAAACCAUGCAGCAAGUCUAUGAGGACUGA